AUGGUGCUCCUCACCUCCUCCCAAGUCUCCGUACUGAUCUCCUCAGCCAUCGUUGUCUCAUGUACCGCAGCCCUCUUUCUUAGUGGCUACGUAAUCCAGCAGCGCACGCUGAGCCAGCUGCGCCAGGCCAUCAAACCCGAGACGCGACCCUCUCCAAAGGCGUCGUACUACGUUCCCGAGCAUCUCAAGGAGGCAGCAGCAGCAGGCAAUGAGCAAAAUGUACCGCUCUACGGGGGCGCGAAUGGGAAGCAGGAGCAGAUCAUCAUCGAAGUGAACCCAACGGUGCCCGAGAAGCAACAGCAGGAGCAGCCGCAGCAGCAAUCAACGAAACAAAAGGCCGGACAAAAAGCAGCGGGAUGGACAUCCGACAUGUGGCAAAAGAUGAUGGGGCCGUCGGAGAAGGAGGAUAAGGGCGGAGUCAGUAGGGAGGACUUGGAGAAGAUGGACGAAAGGGAGAGGAAUAUCAACGGAUGGAACGUCAAGGACCAGGCGAACCCCGAUCCCGAGGCGUCGAACCAGAAGCCCAUCAGCCGGGCCGAAAGGCGGCGUUUGAUCAAGGAAGAGCUGAGGCGGCUGUCGGAGAGCGAAGAGAGGGUGUACUACCAGCGACGAUUGUGGUAG